AUGCGGUUUGCUGCUUCAAGCUUGGAACAGAGGAAGAAACGUAUCAGAGGGAUCCUCGCCUCUUUCGACAGGGACGAAAUCCCAUCAAACUAUAAGGCUGAUAUCUUUGCAAGUAUUGGUGAGGAGCAAUCCAAAAGAUCAUCAUCGGAAUGGGUUAUCGGCGACGACUUGCCGGGAUCACUGAUGCAAAAGGGUUGCCAUGAUCCUGCUGCGUGGGUAGUCCUCAACGAGUUGGAGCCGGCAGACGUACGGAUGCGGAAGUUUGGCCAGAAGAUCAAUCGACUCUUCAAAGCUGAAAUCGAGAAAUAUGACAACACCGUGCCUUGGCAAGAAGGAAAGGCUCAAAGGCGUGCCUUGGUCGAGGAAAUCUCCCAAACCACACGCAUACUUUCCCAAUCCGCAUCCGACGAUCUCGAGGAUGUGUCAGAAGGAUUGAAUGACCUUGCACAAGCCUUGGUUUCUGCUUUGCAAGAGGUGUGUAAGCGAAACAUGGAUAGUGUACACAAACAUGGCUCCACUAGAACGCGGAGGUCGUCGGGUGGAGAAGUUGAGAUCAGCCUCUAUCACUAUCUCAUUCAUAGCCCGCCACCACAGGAGCCUGUGUUUAUUCUCGCCGCUCUGGAAGCAAUCAAGGCGCUGGCACCGGGGACAUUCAAGGGGAAUGAAAUGCGAAACAAACUGCGGGGGAUUGUCGGGCAACUCCUUGCCAAUGGCACUCCAAAACCCUACCGAGAUCGCUUG